AUGCCUUUUCUCCGUGGCAGCGCAAGCCCGUCUCCGGAGGGAACAGAGGCUAGGUCAGAAGCAAGCUUCCACUACCAGACUCAGAAUGCCGUGGUGGAUGACGAUACCUACGCAGAGUUCCCGUUGCCAGGCAGCACUGAGAAACCAUUGAGCGAACAGCUAGAACCUGUCGCUGUUGUUGGCAUGGGCUGCCGCUUGCCUGGUGAUGUUAAGUCGGCCUCUGAUUUUUGGGAACUCAUGAUGUCGAAAGGCACUGGUCAAACUCCCAAGGUACCGAAAAGCCGCUUCAACAUCGAUGCCCACAUCCAUGAGAACAACGAUAGGCCCGGAAGCUUCAAUGUUCUCGGUGGGUAUUUCCUGAAUGAGAGCUUAGAACAGUUUGAUCCGUCCUGCUUCAAUAUCACCCCAAUUGAGGCCAUGUGGAUGGAUCCCCAGCAAAGAAAGCUCCUCGAAGUUGUGUAUGAGGCUUUCGAGUCCGCUGGUGUAACUCUGGAUACAGUAUCGGGUUCCAAAACCGCCGUCUUCGCAGCGAGCUUCACUGCCGACUUCCAACAGAUGGCGUUCAAGGAGCCGGCGUUUCGACAUUCGCUUGCGGCCACGGGGGUCGAUCCUGGCAUUCUGAGCAAUCGAAUCAGCCACGUUUUCAACCUCAAAGGCCCCUCUAUUGUGGUGAACACAGCCUGCUCGUCCAGUGUUUAUGCUUUGCACAAUGCGUGUAAUGCGAUUCGAAACAAGGAAUGCGUCGCCGCAGUGGUGGGAGGUGUGAACCUCGUCAUGACAGUCGACCAGCACAUGAACACCGCCAAGCUUGGUGUUCUUUCACCUACAUCAACAUGCCAUACAUUCGAUGCUUCCGCCGAUGGUUACGGCAGAGCUGAGGCCGUCGGUGCAGUGUACUUGAAGCUUCUUAGUGAUGCUGUACGAGACGGCGACCCAAUCCGUGCCGUGAUUCGCUCCAGCGCAACGAACAACAAUGGCAAAGUCCCUGCCGUUGGCAUCACACACCCAAACCGCGACGGGCAAGCCGAAGUCAUCUCUCAUGCUUAUUAUAGAGGUGGAAAUCUCGAUCCUCGCAUGACAGGUUUCUUCGAGUGCCAUGGAACAGGCACUGCUGUUGGAGAUCCUCUGGAGGUGAAUGCAGUCUCCAUCGCAAUGAACCAACAGCGAACCUCUAGCCAGGAUCCGCUCAUGAUUGGGGCAGUCAAAACAAAUAUUGGGCAUUCUGAAGCUGCCUCGGGUCUGUCUGCUCUUAUCAAGGCUGUACUCUCUGUCGAAAGGGGUAUUAUCCCGCCGACAAGAGGCGUCGUCAACCCCAGCCCUGCUAUCAAGUGGAAGGAGUGGAUGGUGACGGUACCCACUGAGCCAACUCCUUUCCCAGACCUUCCCUUGAAGCGAUUCAGUAUCAACUCUUUCGGAUACGGGGGAACCAAUGCACACGUCGUCGUCGAGAGCGCUGAUGCUCUCCUGACACGCAAGCAGACCUACAAGUAUCUAUCUGGGGAGAGGAGAGCUAUCAAGAGUCCUCGUGGCGCGUUUAAUCGCAGUCGCCCCUACCUGUUCGUGUUUUCGGCGCACGACAAGAGCGCACUGGAGAGAAAUUUCACAGCUCACAGUACUGUCGCCAAGAGUUAUGACUUCUUGGACCUUGCCUAUACCCUUGGCAACCGCCGAACUGUCUUCCCUACAAGAGGUUUCACCGUGGCCAAACAGGAAAGCCUGCUGGACGGAAAGCUGAAUGACCUCGUUGUGGGUUCUAAAAAGAAGAUUCCUGUCAUAGGGUUUAUCUUUACAGGUCAAGGCGCACAGUACGCUCGCAUGGGCGCAGAGCUUAUGCGCUAUUACCCCAGCUUCCUCCGCAGUAUUCGAACGCUUGAUUAUACCUUGGGCGAGCUGCCCCAUGUCCCUGAGUGGACUCUGGAAGAUAUGCUGCUUGAGCAUCCUGAUACUUCCCGGGUCAACGAGGCCGAAUACUCUCAACCACUGACGACUGCCGUUCAGAUUGCUCUUGUCCAGUUACUCCGCACCUGGGGUGUCCACCCAACUGUCACUUGCGGACACUCAUCAGGCGAAAUUGCAGCCUCCUAUGCCGCUGGUCUCAUUUCAGCCAGUGAAGCGAUUACUCUGGCAUAUUAUCGCGGCUAUGCCGUACGGGACAUCAACACGGGCGGAUGUAUGAUGGCGGUAGGUCUUGGGGCCGAUGCUGUCCAGCCGUACCUUUCCGGGUACGAAGGCAAGAUUGUCAUCGCUUGCCACAACUCCCCGGCAGGUGUGACCUUAUCUGGAGACGAGUCAGCCAUUACGGAACUGCAGCAGACAUUGGUUGCCGAGAAAGUGUUUGCACGCCGGGUCAAAACAAACGGAAAGGCAUACCAUUCGCCACACAUGGCGCCAGCCUCGGCUCGUUAUGAAAAUCAUGUCAGACAGGCCAAGAGCAGCCUUGUUCCUUUUGACAUGCCUCUCUCUACUGAUGCAAAAAUGGUCUCUUCGGUGGUGAAUGCCGUUAUUCCUGCUGGAACGCCGCUGGAUGAGACGUACUUUAGCCGGAACCUACGCCAGCCGGUGCUGUUCAACCAAGCCAUCCAAACAAUUCUCACUAAUUCUGAGUUUUCGGAUGUAAAUCUUCUCAUUGAGGUGGGCCCUCACGGUGCGUUGGGCGGCCCAGUCCGUCAGAUCAAGCAAGAACUCGAGGCGUCUCACUUGGACUACUUGCCGACCAUGGUCCGAGGCCAAGACUCGGCCAUGCAGAUGCUCAAGCUUGCUGGUGAGCUGUUCCUCAGGGAUUACCCCCUGGACAUUGAUCGCGUCACGUCCAUCGAAGAAACUACCUCAGCGGGUAAGGUCGUAUGCAGAAGGGGAGAUCUUGUCGUCGACCUUCCUCCCUAUCAAUGGGGCAAGAAGUCAUACUGGGCUGAGGCUCGACACAGUGUAGAGCACCGGCAACCAAAGUAUCCUAGGCACGAUGUUCUGGGCUCCUUGAUUCCAGGUGCUUCUCUCGCUGAACCAACGUGGCGCAACUUUCUGCGGAUUCGAGAUCUCCCAUGGUUAAAGGACCAUUCGCUCGGCGGUGAAGCAGUGUUCCCGGCGGCAGCCUAUUUCUCAAUGGCAAUGGAAGCAGUGACUCAGAUUACGGAACUCCAUGAUCCGGACAUCGAGGUGAACAGCUACGUUCUCCGUGACAUCUCGAUUAAAAAGGCACUAGUGACUCCAGAAGACGAUACUGGUAUCGAAGUUCUAAUGAACAUGCGACCAGCCACAUUCAGCGGUGAUGGAAGCUGGUGGGAGUUCAAUGUCUCCUCAAUCAACCAGGAGGGAAUCACCACCGACCAUAUGACAGGAAGCAUCAGCGCCAACAUGAAAACGCAACGGCCCGCUCCCAGGCCCCGAGUAAAUUUGAACCAGCAGGCUUCCGGGAAGGAGUGGAAUCAGGCACUGCGAUCAGUCGGCUUUGAUUACGGUCCUGUCUUUGCAGACAUGACCGAUAUUGGAUUCAACGGCCGUGAUUACAUUUGCACGUGUAAGACGCAGGUCAAACAAAGGUCUGGAAACGUAGUAGGAGAGUCCCGCCACGUCCUCCACCCAGGAACGGUAGACUCUUGCCUGCAGUUGAUGAUUGCCAGUAUCUAUGCCGGCCGCACCAAGGCAAUGGCUGCAGCCAUCGCUCCUAUCCAGGUCGAUGAAGUCUGCAUUUGGAAGCCGACAGAGGAGCAGAUUGGUGACGGUUUCGCGACAGCUUGGGUUGAUGAUCGUGGAAUUCGCUCGUUCGUGUGCGGGAAUGAACUCGUUUCCAACAAUGGCGAGGUGCUGAUGCAGAUGAGCAACAUGCGAGGAACCCUUUACGAAGCCGCCGUGCCACAGUCUUCUUCUGGCGCGUUGAAGCCAAUGCCGUACAGCGAAACAAUAUGGAAGGAAGAUUUGGAGUCUCUCACCAAGAUCGAAAGCGCUGAGGCUCUUGCUGAGCUUGCUACGUUUAAGAGUCCCGGGAUCAAGGUCCUGGACAUUGGAGGAAAGCAUGCAGUCACUCUCCUCCAGACCGUCCCCGAACUGAACUACACUGCGAUUUCAGAGAGCUCGGCGCCAGAUGCAUUGAUAGAGAAGUAUCCAAGCGCAGAAUGGAGAGUUGUGGACCUUCAAAAAGAAUUGACGGAGCAAGGUCUAGUUAAGGGCUCAUUUGACGUCACUCUUUCAGAGCCAGACUUCGUCCCGGCCAUCAAGAACCUGAUUUUGGACGAUGGCAACCUUUUCAUUGCAAGAGGCGAUAGUUUUGAGCUCUGUGACGAGCCAAAGGUGGAAAGGUCAAACCACGACGUGACCGAGAUUCAGAUUUUGUAUCGCCAGGUGGAAGCGAGCCUUCUGAGCGAGAUUCAACGAUCUCUUGCCGAUCUUGGUUACAAGAGCGCCCCUGUCUCUCUAAAAUAUCUUGAAAAUGUCCAACCCCAUGUCGUCCUCCUUGAUCUUGAUGAACCGAUUCUUUUCGAUCUUUCCGAGCACGAGUUUAACGUGAUCAAGAAAGUGUCCAACGAGGCCAAGACAUUGCUGUGGGCAUCUGCUGGUGGCCUUUUGAAUGGAAAGAGACCAGCUGCAGGCAUGAUUGCUGGGCUUGUUCGAUCCAUUCGGGCUGAACGAGCCACCAUAAACAUUGUGACUAUCGACUUUGACCUCGAGACUACCUCGGUAGACCAGGCCGUGAAGUUUGUUGCUGAAAAGAGCCAGCAGCAGAUCGAAGAUGGUGCAAGUGUUGAACACGAAUACUGCGUAUCGGAUGAUAAGCUGUAUAUUAGCAGGCUUCUACCCAACAACGCCCUCAACAGGGAACAGACCAUUGAGGAGCUCCCCUACGACGCAGAAAUGAAUAUCAGCGGGACUGUUCAAAAUGGAAAAGUUUUGUUUGAGCAGCAAGCUUCUCUGCCUGAGCUGAGCCCCGAUUCCGUGGAGAUUCGAGUUGCUGUUACUGGCCUCAGCAAAGAAGGCGUGCUAGCUGUUCAUGGAACUGAUAUUUCUACCACGCUGAAUCAUGAGUUCGGCGGCACAGUGGAACGUAUUGGUAGCUCGGUCACAGACUUCGCGGUUGGGGAUCGCGUUAUUGGCCUUGGAUCAGGAAGAUUCGGAAACCGCCAAGUGAUCUCCCAAAACCUGGCACAAAAGCUUCUCCCGGGGGAAUCGCUGACAGAGGUAGUCAGUCUACCUUUGGCGUAUAUCACGGCCCUCUAUGGUCUAAGAUUACUAGCAUCUCUCAAAAAGGGUGAAACCCUCCUAAUCCUCGAAGGUUCAGGAUUCGGCGGUGCCGCAGCCAUCGGGGUUGCCCUGACAUUGGGCGCCAUCCCCUAUGUUGUUGCCAGUACUGAAGAACAAGCGUCAACAAUCAUAGAGAAAUACGGGCUGGCCCAACACCAGGUACUCUCAUCUGCGAGCCAGGUGGAAGCUAUGCUUGCCACGCCGCACCGGACCAGCAAGAUCGAUGUGGUCUUCAGUUCUGGAACGACAUCAGAGUCAUCAGCACGGGAAGCCUGGCGGUACAUUAGUCGCUUCGGUCGGUUUAUCGAAUGUGGCAAGAAGCUGGUACUGAAACGCGGAUCUCGUGAUCCGGUACCCUUUUACCGCGGGGCUUCUUAUUUCUCCUUCGAUGUUGUAGAGCUCUGUGAGCACAAGCCCGCCCUCGUCUCCCAUCUCCUGGAUGAGGCAAUUGAUCUCUAUCGGAAGCACGAGAUCGCACCGCUUGGGCCCCUUAACAUUGUCAAUAUUUCCGACCUGAACAAGGCUAUUUUAAGGUUCGAUGAUGAGAUUGGCUCAGGCAAGACAGUCAUCUCAUACGAGCCAUCAGAAACACCACUCACCAUCCUGCCUUCUCUUAAGACUACGGCGCUCGAUGCCGCCGCGACAUAUCUGCUGGUAGGGUGUUUGGGCGGGCUUGGACGCAGUCUCACAGCCUGGAUGAUGGAGAAAGGCGCCAGGAACUUCUCGUUCCUCUCCCGCAGUGGCGCCGACGCACCUGCGGCGGCUCGACUCAUAAGCGAUCUUGAAACUGCCGGGGCGAGGGUAGAUGUUGUCAGAGGCGAUGUGAGUGUGCAGGCAGACGUAAAACGUGCCGUAGCCGCUAUACCUAGCGACCGUCCACUUCGUGGUGUGAUUCAAGCCGCUAUGGUUCUUCGGGACGGCAUCUUCCAGAACAUGAGCUUCCAAGACUGGGUGACAUCCACCAAGCCUAAGGUUCAUGGUACGGCCAACCUUCAGGCUGUGCUUGGAGACAUGCCGCUUGACUUCUUCCUCAUGACAAGUUCAGUGUCCGGAACGCUCGGCACACCAGGUCAAGCGAAUUACGCCGCCGGAAAUGCAUUUCUAGAUGCCCUUGCGCACCAUCGACGCGCGAGGGGACAGAAUGCAUGCGCUGCCGUCGUUCCUAUGGUUCUUGGCGUUGGUGUGGUUGCAGAGAGCACCGAUCUCGAAAACGCUCUGACGCGCAAGGGCAUGUACGGCAUUGAUGAGGAGCAUUUACUUCGGUCAUUUGACGUUGCCAUCCGUGAGCAGCAGCAUCCUGAUGGAAUUCAUCAGCUUGUUAUCGGUCUUGACCCAACUCUCCUCUCCCGAGCAAUCAACAAUGCUGAACAAGGCCAUGUGGACGCCUUUUGGAUGUCGGAUAAGCGCUUCCGUGCUUUGGUACACAAGAUCGAGGCAGUCAACGGCGGAGUGGGCGUCGGCAGCGGAUCCAGUGCGUUGGGAUCCAUGUUGGCUGCGGCCACGGCCGACGAGGCUGUUAAGCUGGCGCGUGAUGAGAUCGUGAGCAAGCUUUCCCGCAUGCUUCUGUUAGAUCUUGAGGUUUUUGAAGGUGAUUCGGGAUCCAUUGCCAGCUACGGAAUUGACAGCAUGAUUGGUGCCGAGUUGCGUAACUGGUUAUUCAAGGAGUUUGCGCUUGAGAUUCCAUUCCAGCAGCUCCUGGGGCCGACGCUGACAGCCAUCAAGCUGGCACGACAGCUUUGUGUCAAUCAUGGUAUCUUGCAGGAAUAA